AUGGACCGAAGCCUCGAUGAGAUCCUCGAGGAGCGCCAGAACACCCGUGGUGGACGCCGUGGAGGACGUGGACGUCCUGACCGCGAUGGUGGCCGUGGACCCCGACGAGACUACGCUGAGCGCGAACGCGACUUUCCCAGAGACGGCGUCAAAAAGUCAUUUCCCAGCGAAGACGCCAGAAACAUUGACCGUGACUGGGUCCACGAUAAGUUUGAAGAUGAUGACUCCCGCCGCCCUGCUAGAGGCUCGCGUAACGAUCGCUACGAUAGAGAACCCGCAAGGGAAGCCUCCGGCUCUACCACCAUCCGCAUUGAGAAUAUUCACUACGAUAUCCAGGAGCCCGACUUGAGGGAGCUGCUUGAAAGCAUCGGACCCGUCGAGUCUCUACGCCUUCUUUACGACCGCCACGAUCGCUCGCAAGGUGUCGCCUACGUCGUAUACCCCAGCGCAAACCUCGCCAACCGUGCCUUCCGUCAGUUCGACGGUCAGAAUGCCAUGGGUCAACCCAUCUACUUGACCAUCCAAGAAGCCGCCCGCCCAGCCCGCAACCCCUUUGACAAUGUCGAAAAGCCCGCCCGCAGCUUGUUCGAUCGUAUCGACAGCCGUCGCAGUGCCAGUCCCAACUCGCGCAACGUCGAUCGCUACGUUCCUCCCGGUGGCAGAGGACCCCGCAGCUCUCGCAGCCCUUCUCGUCGUGGUCGCGGUGCUCCCCGUGAGACUGGACGUCGUCCUGGUGCCCGUCGCGAGAACACCGAUCGCCGUGAAGGCGGUCGCGAGCGCGGUGACAGACGUGGUCCUGGACCUAAGAAAGAGAUUGAUGGCAGACCCGUUGUGCAAGGACGCCCGAGAAAGACGGCUGAAGAGCUCGAUGCUGAGAUGGACGACUACUGGGGUGGUGGCUCAGCUGCUCCCGAAGCCAGCGCUGCUGUAUCUGGCGAAACUGGUCGUGAGCCUCAGGUUGCUACCAUCGCUGGAGGGCAGAACAACAACCAGGGCACCACAUCCACAGCUCCGGAUGACGACAUUGACCUCAUGGUCGAGUAA